GCGCGUGAUCUCCAACGCGAGUUAAGCUAGCCGUGUGUUUGGUUAUUAUUUGGUUAUGGAGUGUUUAUUAUUAUGCACGGUCUCUGCUAGGCCACAUCGCUCGCUUGCUGCGGAAGGAGAAGCCGUCAUGGGUGCUCUAUGAUGAGGAUUAUUCAUAUUAUCAUCUUUGUGUGCAGCAGAGAGUGCCAUGCAGGAAGGAGAGGAGAGGAAGUGAGGCGAUGGGCUGCACCUCAGCCAAGCAGUUGUCAUCUGUACCCAGUGAUGAAGAGGGCCGGGGUAAGGCCUACAGCAACGGAGAUGCCUUCUCCGAUGAGUACAAAUUGAAAGGAGUUGAGAAGGUGAAGUACAUGCAUGGAGAAGAGGAGCGCACAAACACACGAAACCAAGAGAACUUGGAAAAGAGCACAUUUUUGCACAAGGGCAGGCAUAAAGAUGCCACCGGGAGUAGUAAUAAGAUAAGUAUCCACUCUUCAGAGAGCCAGCAGGAGUUCUUCAGGAUGCUGGAUGAGAAGAUUGAAAAGGGACGGGACUACUGCUCAGAGAAUGAGGAUAUGACAUAGCAUGCUGAGACGUUUGACUCGCGCCAACAUUGAGUCAUUCCUGUCCCAAAGUUCCCCCAUGCCUCCUUACCCAACAAGUAUUAAUCUUCAAGAGCGUGGGAUCAAGUGACAUUCAGCCCAGUUAUCCACUCUGUUUACAAUCUACACACUCUCCCAAAUGUCUUACAGGUCCGUUUUUGAAACUCUUGAGGACCAGUAUUUAAAUGGUAGGGGGGGGCAUGGAAAUCCCAUGGUUAAGGAGACUGGGAUUUGGCCCAAGUUUUGAAUGGGAAAGCCAUUUUCAGACUGUUCCUCAAUCCCUUGCCUUACACUACCCAUAAGCCUUCUCCUACACAUAGACUACAUACAGUGGAGAGAGCCAUGUGGAGAAUCCUGGAAUUCGCCCUUCCUUUGACAUGGACACUACACGUGGUAGACCAGCGGUGGAGAUGAUAUCUCCUUAGGAGGACUUGCUUACCGAGAGACUUAACGUGAUUUUGUCCAGGUCAUGCUGUUGAGACACAGGAAGUGAAAGCGUUUGGACACAAACACAAGGCCAUUUUUAGCAUUCCAAUUGUUUUUUUUAACGACGUGAGCAAGUAUUUUUCACCCACAGUGUAUUAUGUAUGUCUUUUUGACCUUUUUCUUUGAGUUAUGUUACAAUGCUCAGGACAGCAGUGCUGUAUGUAUCAUCACUAGAUUUGUUUGUUAGAUAAGGGCAGUGCAGUUCCUUCAGGGCUGGACUUGAGGACGUGUUGGACAGUUGAGAUAGAUCACAGCAUCUAGCCGUGUUUAGAGACGCCAGUUACAGUAUCUUAAGAUCAUGUAGUUUUCAGAUAACUCAUUUUAUUCUAUAUUCUACAGGUGGAUAUCAUACGUUUGCUUGACAUUUAUAGUCACUAUUCUUGAGUUGAAAACCAGUACAAGUUUCAAAACCAGCCUUCCGAAAGUUUUACAUAGAUACGUUUUUAUUACCAGGAAGUGCUUCUUCCUUUUACAGUGUGACAGUAAUUUGCCAUAGCCUUAAGCAAACAGUGUUUUCUUUUCUGAAAUGAGAGACAACAGUAAGCCAUUAAUUUCACACUAAAGUGAACAGUGUCCCACAUGUAUGCUUAAGUUCUCUAUGUACACAGAUGGGCCAAACAAUAUUGCCAAAAAUGCAAGUGCGAUGCUGAGUGAAAGAAUAAAUAAAUACACAAUGAUCAACUAACCAA